AUGGCAGCCUCAAAGACACCGGUAAACGUCCUGAUAUUGGUAACAGGUAGCAUUGCCGCAGUAAAAGUGGGUUUGCUGCUGGAUCAACUCUCUAAUGAGUCGUAUCAAGUUCGCAUUGCCGCUACCAAAUCAGCGUUUCACUUUUUGAAUCGUGCACAAAAGGCGGCCCGAGAGCUUCAUUUGCACCACAUUCUCACAGACGAGGAUGAGUGGAAGGAGUGGCAGGGUAUGAAUGAUGCUGUUAUGCAUAUUGAGCUGCGGAGAUGGGCACACCUUGUCGUCCUCGCACCGCUGGACGCCAACACUCUUGCAAAGCUGUCACAUGGUUUGUGCGACAACCUCGUCACGUGUGUGAUGCGGGCGUGGGAAGUGAAGCAAAAGCCUGUGAUUCUGUGUCCGGCAAUGAACACCGCCAUGUGGACUCACCCGGUGACGUCGCAGCAGCUGUACGCGUUGCGGGGCUGGUACUCCACGACCCCCGUCGACCUGCGAUUGGACGCUGACGCGACCGACGGCGAUGCCUUGGCACUCCCCAACACAUUGGAUGAGGCCAUGUUUCAGAUUGUCGGGCCCGUGAAGAAGCGUUUAGCGUGCGGUGAUGUGGGGGUCGGCGGAAUGGCCAGCGUGGAGGAUAUCGCCAAAGCUAUAAGAAACACGGCGAACCUCAUUCGCGCCAAGAAGGCUCAUCCCACGGACAACCAGCCCAGGUGCGGGAAAACAACCCAGGGCGAACCGUCACAGACACCUGGGCGACAAUGCAGCUCCGGGGAAGAACACCAUCCGGAGACUUCGUAG